UAAUUUCAAUGUUUCAGGCUAACAUUUACUUUCUUUUGGAAGCACUGGAUAUAAAAUUCGUUUUUGAAAUAAUUGUGUGACAUAUUCUUACACUAUGUGUGCUGGACUGAAAGCGGCUUAUGUAUUUUUGUCAAGCUAUUUUAUAUUUCUUGCUUUAGGAUGUGAUCAAGGCUGGUUUGGAUCAAAUUGUCAAUUUAAAUGUCACUGUAAACAACGCAACAUGUGUUCGGACCAAGGACAGUGUUCUAAUGGAGGCAAGUGUGAUGAUGAAUGGUUCGGCCCGUCUUGUCAGUACUACGACUUGGCUAGGUCACGUGACUUAAAUACAGCUAAAACGACGGACAUCCAGACUGUAACAGAUGGAGAUGACCUAACCUGUCAGCCAGUGGUCAGUAACAUGACCUUUACCUGGACCAACUCCUACCUCAUUACCUGGAUCAGGAUCAUCACAUCUAAUUCAGAUCAUGUGAUGAAUGUGUCAGUAACGUUAAACGGCUCAACAUCCGCUGUAUGCAGGAGAUUUGUCAACAGGAUGAGUGACAGAUAUCUAUCUUAUGAUCUACACUGUGACGUCAGCUACACUGUCAACUCUGUUACAGUUCACGGUUUUUUCAACACUUCAGUCUGCUCGGUCCACAUAAGUGGAGGUCGAAAUGUUGCACUAAAACAGGUGGUUAACCAGUCGACCACACUCGAACAUAAGGGUUCCGAUUACACAGUCACGUACAAUGAAUCUCGAGCAAGUAACGCUGUGGAUGGUAAAACCAGCUCAAACUUUGCAGAUAAAAGCUGUACUCACACUAAGCCCGAUAAAAAAAAGACACCUGAAUGGAACCUGACCUUGUCUAGAACCCACAGCGUCAAUCGAUACGUCAUUUACAACAGAAACGAGAAUAAAGAACGGUUAAAAAACUUUCUUCUAAAGUCUUAUGACAACACCAUGAGAUUAGUUUUUAAUUACAGUGACGGCAAUAGUAGAAACAUCGAUGUGUAUACUAUCACACAGCCAUCACACGAAGCGAAAUAUAUUUCUAUUGCCGCCACUUACAAAGAUAAAGACGGUGACAUGAUACUGACGUUAUGUGAAGUAGAAAUUUUUGGUGAUGUCAAGUGUGAGAGUGGACGUUUUGGCCUUGAGUGCAACAGCACGUGCAACUGUAGAACUGUAGGUGAGCCGUGUGUCGUGUCGACAGGGGCGUGUCCUGCAGGGUGUGCUUUAGGGUUUCACGGUGUCGGCUGUUAUGAAGCCUGUCCAUCUACCAUGUGGGGUUAUGAUUGUGCUAGUACAUGCAACACGAACUGUCUAAACAAGUCAUGUGAUAGCCAGACAGGUCACUGUAUGUAUGGGUGUAUAGACGGUUACACGGGCUUCACGUGUACUGAAGACGUGACAGAUCUGCCAGUGCCGCUGAUUGUUUUCUUAGUCGGUCUCAUAUUGGCUUUGAUUUUCAGCAUUUACUUCCUACAACGUCGGAAUCAAAGAAUAAAGAAAUGCUGUAUCGAUUCCUUGGCAUUCUGGCAAUCUUAUAUCCACUUGAAAAACAGAAGUAGCGACACUGAAAAUAGUGGUCAAAAUGAAACAUUGAUUCCUAAGGGAAAAAUGAAUGUUUUCAUGCAAACACAUCCUCAUAGCUAUUUUAAUGAACAAUUCCAGAGAAUACCUCGCCAGACAUCUGAUGCCACGAUUGUUGGUCUACUCGAGACAAACAGAUACAAGAACCGUUACAAAGAUAUUGUUACAUAUGACCAUUCACGUGUAUUCCUGGAAGUAAAUGAGUCGAAACAAGAGGCCGAUUAUAUCAACGCUUCAUAUGUUAAGGGUUACAGGGAUAAUGAAGUGUUCAUUGCUUCACAAGGACCAACUUCAGCGACUGUGAAAGAUUUUGUUCGAAUGUUGUGGGAACACAAAAUAGAUAAAGUUGUGAUGCUAACAAAGUUGGUGGAGGACGGAGUGGUCAAAUGUGAACAGUAUUGGCCAGAUGGUGUCACAAUUGAAUUUGAUGACAUUCAACUGUUACUGCGAGGCUCUAGAGAGUUUGCUGAUUUUACUAUUAGAGGCAUUGAGAUAAGAAAGGGUGAGGGUCCAGCACAUCACUUCAGACGAUUCCACUUUACCAUGUGGCCAGACAAGGGGGUGCCACUGACGCCGUGGGCUCUGGCAGACUUUGAACAAAGAGUGUCAGCUGAACCAACAAACAAACCAGUUGUUGUACACUGCAGCGCUGGUGUAGGCCGGACAGGAACUUUCAUAGCCCUGAGUAUUGUCAUGAAACAGGCACUGGACACAGGCAGUAUGAACUUGUAUGAGACGGUGGUCAAGCUCAGACAAGACAGGAUGCUAAUGGUUCAAACUGCAGAACAAUACGAGUUCCUACACAGAGUAGUUCAAGUGUCCUUGGUAACAGCAGCAAAAACUAUCCACAAAGCAGAUUUAAAAACACACCUGAAAACUUGGCUGACAAAACGGUUUCUUAGAAAUUCUGAUAUUGAACAAGAAUUUUCAACUGUUACAUGUGUGUGCGAUGACAUUGCAAGUAGUUUUGAAGGAAAGUUUGAAACAGAAAAUGAUGAAAAUGUCUACCAAAAUAGUGUGAGAAAUGAAAGAUUUACUCACAUCAAGCCAGAUCCCUACUACACACCCUUUUUAAGGAAUUCUUCAAAUGAAACUACCUACACUAAUGGCCUUAUUCUGCCUAACUUCACCAAGAAAGGCAGCCAUAUCAUAACUGAGCUACCAGUUCCUACAGCGGUCCAGGAGUUCUGGAGAUUGGUGGACCAGUACAAUGUGGCUCUUAUUGUAGCCUUUCAGUUUGAUGCUUUGAUGGGAGAUGAGACAUUUGGAAAUUACUUGCCACCCAGAAAUGAACAAGCAAUGGUGCAAGGUCAAUUGGAAAUAGUGAGUGCAGAUACAGAGAGUGAUGAGCUAUGGGAAAUUCAAACUUUACAAAUCUCAAACAAAAAUCUAAAUCAUUUACCUAAUAUUGUGCAGGAGAGUAAACGUGUGGUUCAUCUGAAGUGUGGAUUUACUGACCUUGACCCUGAGAAAUGGCUGAAGCUAAUGAGGACAAUCAAGUCACUUGAGAAACGUACAGACAACCGAGUUCUUUUCAUAUGCAGCAAUGGAGCAGAGUACAGUGGAAUGGCCUAUGUGCUUAGUUACAUGAUUGACCAACUGGACAAUGGCUAUCUAAAUAUUCCCUAUACAGUCGGCACUGUAAAAUGCCUUCGGCCGUUAGUUGUACCUACACUGCAACAAUACAAGUUUCUGCACCAAGUGAUACAACUUUAUAAUGAAAGAUUAGAAAAGGAAGACAGUUCACAACUCACUUGCAAAAAUGAUGAACAUUUGUAUACGAAUUCAGCAUUUCUUUAUCAAAAGCAGUUCAAAUGAAGAACAGCUGUCACCAUUAAAUUAUCAUAUUUAUUGCAACCAUCUUAAUUCUAUAUUUUACAUUUAAUUCAUUACUUUUAAACUAUACACUUGAACAAAAGUUGCAUUAUAUAAAAUGUGCUACAAUAUUAUUGAAAUAAUUUUUUUUAAAUAUGUUAAAAUUGUAUUCAUAUAUAUUUUACUGAUACAAUUUUCUGCAUUUAACUGCAUAUUCAUUUGUUGAUUUUUAAACUGGUUCAUAAUUUUUUUUGCCUUAAGAAGAUCAAGUGAGGUCAGAAAUUGAAUGCCCAUCUAUGUUGUAUACUUCAUUACCAAACUUAAGCAUCUACAGGAUUAAUACAUCUUAUAUGAUAACUCUAACCAUAGGAGCUUAUAAUUUUACUUGCUUUUGAUAAAAAGAAAUAGUUCUCAAUAUUUAAAUUGAAAGCUUUUUACUUGUAAAUUGUUUUAUUAUGUAAACCCACACUCCAGACCUAAUACUCAUCACAGGUUUUCUGAUAUUUUUAAUAGCACUUCAUAUUUUAAUCAUUAAUUCCAACCACUUAAUCAUUAGGUUUCUCAUUAUUGUUUGCAAUCCACAGGGGCCAGUUGAAAGAUGUUUCUAUUGUAAUUAUCUCUAAAAUGUCAAUAGUGUUAGAACAAAAUAUAAACUACUUGACAUAGAAAGCAUAAAUAUAUGUAGCCUAUAUUUUUUACUGAUAGAAUAAUGUGCAGUCUUUUAUAUAUAUUUCAUCAAUACACUUAUAAUAACAGAUGAAUAAGAAAGGAAAAAGAAUUAAACAGAAAAAAAGUACUUAAUAGUCUGCAUAAACAUUCUCUUCUUCCAUACUGUGUUUUGUAUCUGGUUUGUAAUGGA